AUGUUUCUUCUGGUAUAUAUAGAUGAUAUUCUCAUUACCGGGAAUAAUGAAUCAGCGAUUUCGAACCUGCUGAUCAACCUCAACUCUCAAUUCAGCAUGAAACACCUCGGUCCAGCCAGUCAAUUUUUCGGCAUCUCCAUCCAAUCCACAAAAGAUACGUAUUUUCUCUCCCAAUCUGCUUAUGCCCUGUCUAUUUUACAACAAACGAAUUUGGCUAAAUGCAAUUCUCUGUCUAAUCCCUCGGUCACGAAACAGCCAUCCAACUUCAAGCCAGAUAAUACCAUUUCUGAUGCUACCGUCUACCGUCGCAUAACGAGAGGACUACAAUAUCUCACCAUAACGCGUCCCGAUAUAGCUCAUUCCGUCAACAAUCUCGCUCAACACAUGCAUGAUCCUGCCCCUGUUCAUCUCUAUCUUCUCAAGCCGCUACUUCGUUACAUUAAAGGGACUAUCAAUUUCGGUUUACCAAUCAUAAAAUCCAAGCUGCAGCUUAGAACGUUCUCGGACGCUAACUGGGCCGGUGACCCGAUCACCAAAAAAUCAACAACAGGCUUCUGUACAUUUCUCGGCGAAAACCUGGUCUCGUGGACUGUAAAGAAACAAACCACUGUAUCUAGAUCCUCCACAGAGUCGGAAUACAGAGCUUUGGCCGCUGCCACAGCGGACAUCAUUUGGAUGAGGCGUCUCAUUGCAGACUUCAACAUUUCGCAUAAUCAACCUAUCUCAAUCUACUGCGACAACACGUCGGCGAUCGCACUGGCUAACAAUCCAGUGUUUCACGUGAGGACCAAACACAUUGAGAUUGAUCAAAGGCUUCUGUUGCUGGGCUGCGCCGGGGUUCUCCCUGCCCGCCGGUUGCUAUCCUGGCGUCCAGGGAAGUUUCCUCCUCUUUGUAUCUUAAUUGUUUUGGUGUUUGCUCAGUUUUUUUUACUCUUUUUCCCUCUGGCGGUGCCGUUCUUCUACUUCUUCCUCAUUUCUAGUUCUUCGGACUUCUACAUUUCGGGGUCUGCCCUCCUUUGGAUUUCCGACCAGGAAAUCAAGGCUUUGGCUUCUCCUUUUUAG